UAGACCGUCGUAUAGACACACACAAUCCUGAGUUGUAGAGUGAGUGAAAGAGAGAGAGAGAGGGGAAGAAGAUGGCAGGAGGAGCAGUGACGGAGUUGAGUAGUGGGAAGAUGUUCGGAGGAUACAACAAGAGAUACAAACAUUACAGUAACACACUUGGUUGUUCAAUGAACUUCCACAUUUACUUUCCCAAUUCUGAUUCCAACAAAUCAUUCCCAGUUCUUUAUUGGCUCUCUGGUCUCACUUGUACCGACGAGAAUUUCAUUUUCAAAUCCGGUGCUCAACGUGCCGCUUCCGAACACGGUGUUGCCUUGAUCGCCCCCGACACCUCUCCAAGAGGUUUGAAUGUUGAAGGUGAAGCCGAUUCCUGGGACUUUGGUGUUGGUGCGGGAUUUUAUCUCAAUGCUACGCAAGAGAAAUGGAAGAAUUGGCGCAUGUAUGACUAUGUUGUCAAGGAAUUGCCAAAACUUCUAAGUGAUUCCUUUCCACAGCUUGACACAUCGAAAGCUUCUAUAUUUGGCCAUUCCAUGGGUGGGCAUGGUGCAUUGACUAUCUACCUGAAAAAUCUGGAUAAAUAUAAGUCAGUUUCAGCCUUUGCACCAGUAGCAAAUCCUACAAAUUGUCCUUGGGGACAGAAGGCAUUCACAAAUUAUCUAGGUGACAAUAAAUCUGAAUGGGAGGAUUACGAUGCUACUCACUUGGUAACAAAGUUUCCUGGUGUAUCUGCCAGCAUUUUGAUUGAUCAGGGGGAAGAUGACAAAUUUCUGCAUGAUCAACUGCUACCUGGCAAGUUUGAAGAGGCGUGCAAGAAUGCAAAUGUUCCAUUGCUGUUACGCUUUCAACCUGGUUAUGAUCACUCUUAUUAUUUUAUUGCUACAUUCAUCGAUGAUCACAUCCGACAUCAUGCUCAAGCUCUUAGGCUUAAUUAAGUUCUGUGCACUCUGAUGAUCUAAAACUGUUCUGUACUUCAGUUAAACUUCACUGAAUCUUCGAAUUCUAUUUACAUGUGAUUUGAGAUACUUUGGUUGUUUAUAUUAGACUAUGGAAUUUCAUGUCUUCAUGCCAGUUCAAAACUAAUCGCAUGUUUAUGAAAUCAACAAGAUUAUUUGUUUA